CCUAACUCGGGAGACCUCCAAAAAGAAGAGGGACGGCCUGCGCUUCCGACGUGGCAGGAAAGGAGUCACGUGCUCCGGGGUCCUUCCGCGUCGCCCCGCGCGUCCGGAGCCAGGCCGGGGUUGCCAAGCAACCGGUAAACGCCGCCGUUUGAGGAGCACCGGAGCCCCGACCGUGGAUUGGGCGCUUCCCCAGAGACCCAGAAGCAGGAGGAGCGGACCCAGGGUAAGGGGCGGGAGCCAGGAGGACGUCGGAGGCUAAAGACUAGAGUGGAGAGCGACAGGGAGAGACUUACAGGCAGCCGGCACCAUGGAGAUUGUGUACGUGUACGUCAAGAAGCGCAGCGAGUUCGGGAAGCAGUGCAAUUUCUCGGACCGCCAGGCCGAGCUGAACAUCGACAUUAUGCCCAACCCUGAGCUGGCCGAGCAGUUCGUGGAGCGGAACCCAGUGGACACGGGCAUCCAGUGCUCGAUCAGCAUGUCGGAACACGAGGCCAACUCAGAGCGGUUUGAGAUGGAGACCCGGGGAGUUAACCAUGUCGAGGGGGGCUGGCCCAAGGACGUGAACCCCCUGGAGCUGGAGCAGACCAUCCGUUUCCGGAAGAAAGUGGAGAAAGAUGAGAACUACGUUAACGCCAUCAUGCAGCUCGGCUCUAUCAUGGAGCACUGCAUCAAGCAGAACAAUGCCAUCGACAUCUACGAGGAGUAUUUCAACGACGAGGAGGCCGUGGAAGUGACGGAGGAGGACCCUUCAGCUAAAACCAUCAAUGUGUUCAGGGACCCCCAGGAAAUCAAGAGGGCUGCCACGCACCUCUCCUGGCACCCCGAUGGCAACAGGAAGUUGGCAGUGGCAUACUCCUGCUUGGAUUUUCAGCGGGCACCUGUGGGCAUGAGCAGCGAUUCAUACAUCUGGGACCUGGAAAACCCCAACAAACCUGAACUUGCUCUGAAGCCAUCGUCUCCACUCGUGACGCUGGAGUUCAACCCCAAAGAUUCCCACGUGCUCCUGGGUGGCUGCUACAAUGGACAGAUAGCCUGCUGGGACACCCGAAAGGGCAGCCUGGUGGCGGAGCUAUCCACCAUUGAGUUCAGCCACCGAGACCCUGUGUAUGGCACCAUCUGGCUGCAGUCGAAGACAGGCACCGAGUGCUUCUCAGCAUCCACGGAUGGGCAGGUCAUGUGGUGGGACAUCCGAAAGAUGAGCGAGCCCACUGAAGUCGUGAUCUUGGACAUCACCAAGAAGGAACAGUUGGAAAAUGCCUUGGGGGCCGUCUCCCUGGAGUUCGAAUCUGCUUUGCCCACCAAGUUCAUGGUGGGGACCGAGCAGGGCAUCGUCAUCUCCUGCAACCGCAAGGCCAAGACGUCAGCUGAGAAGAUUGUGUGCACCUUCCCGGGCCAUCAUGGCCCCAUCUAUGCCCUCCAGAGAAACCCCUUCUACCCGAAGAACUUCCUGACGGUUGGCGACUGGACAGCCCGCAUUUGGUCUGAAGACAGCCGGGAAUCAUCCAUCAUGUGGACCAAGUACCACAUGGCUUACCUCACUGAUGCUGCCUGGAGCCCCGUGAGGCCGGCCGUUUUCUUUACCACCAGGAUGGACGGAACCCUGGAUAUCUGGGACUUCAUGUUCGAGCAGUGCGAUCCCACCCUCAGCCUGAAGGUGUGUGACGAGGCCCUCUUCUGCCUCCGGGUGCAGGACAAUGGGUGUCUCAUCGCCUGUGGCUCCCAGCUGGGGACAACCACCCUGCUGGAGGUCUCGCCUGGGCUCUCUACCCUCCAGAGGAAUGAGAAGAACGUAGCCUCUUCCAUGUUUGAGCGUGAGACCCGGCGAGAGAAGAUCCUGGAGGCCAGGCACCGGGAGAUGCGGCUGAAGGAGAAGGGUAAGGCGGAGGGCAGGGAUGAGGAGCAGCCCGAUGAGGAGCUGGCCGUAGACCUGGAGGCGCUGGUCAGCAAGGCCGAGGAGGAGUUCUUCGACAUCAUCUUCGCAGAGCUGAAGAAGAAGGAGGCAGACGCCAUAAAGCUGACGCCAGUGCCUCAGCAACCAAGUCCAGAGGAAGACCAGGUGGUGGAGGAGGGAGAGGAAGCAGCGGGGGAAGAAGGGGGUGAAGAAGUGGAAGAAGACUUAGCCUAGAAGUCAGCCUUCGACUGCGGCGCUAUCCCUACCCUCAACCAGACUUGCAUGGCCAUGGCAGGGCCUCGGGAAGACCUUCAGGAGGGGGGAAGGGUUUCUCCUCCAUGAUCGACCCUCCUCGUCCACCUACAAAUCAGGAACAGAAAGUCUGUCCACUUUGAAAAUACCUUUCCAGGCAGCUCCCUGACCAUUUGGACACAUUGCCACGACAGGAGCUUCCAAGUGUGUGGGAGGGGACGGGCGGGACGAGCUUGGCUGUUCUGCUGCACCUGAAUGCUUUCUGUUAUCCUAAUUCUUGUAAAAUUAAAUGAAUCGUAACAAUGCC